AGGGCCUCGAAACCUUGACCUGCUGGUGACGAGGAGGAGGAACCUGGAUGCUGAGCAGGGUCAGCUUGAGGGACGGCGUACAAGUGAACCAGCUGGGCGUUUCCGUGGGAGGGACCAGCUCGGGAUUUGCUGCUCCGCGAGGAUUCUCGCAGGAUCCGGCUGUCGGGAAAAAGGGAGCGGGAGCUGAGGGAGUGACCAAGCGAGGAGGAGAAGGGGUGGUGGCCAAGGAGAGGACCUGGGAGUGAGCCAUCAGUCCAUCAGCUGUCCUCCGUGAAGUGGUGGGCGUAUAAACAGUGCGGGCUCAUCUAGCUAGGAGAGGAAGACGAGGAAGCUGAUGUCAUGAGUGUGGUGAUUGAGGAAUGGAGAGAAAGAGAGAUUCUGCAAGAAGGGAUGCGGGCUUGCUCUUGCACUGUUCAAUACCUGGAUGGAUUGGGUGUUGGAUCAUGCUGUGAGGAGGCCAAAGACUGAAGUGCACACUUUGAGGAGCUGUGAUAUGGAUACCAGGUGUGGUGACGCUCAGCUCCGUACGGGUGUGCGCUGGAUGUUGUGUCAGGGCUGAAGCAACAGUUGCCCCUCCCUCUCCCAUGAGCCCGUGUGCCUGGACACACACGCCCGGCGCCGCCACCACGCACGCACACCCGGCGCCCAAGCACGCACCCGCCAUCGCCACGUCGUCAGCCCCCGAGGAGCCGAGCGGAGGCCAGCCCAGCUCAGUCGGACCCUGAGGAUGUCGACGGAGACGGAGCUCCAGCCGCCACUCAGCAGGCCCGGCAGCCUCAGGCGGGAUGCCAAGAGGAAAGGGCAGGAUCGCAGCGAGGCGACUCUCAUCAGGCGCUUUAAGGGCGAUGGCGUCCGCUACAAGGCCAAGCUCAUUGGCCUGGACGAGGUCACUGCGGCCCGUGGAGACAAACUCUGUCAGGACUCCAUGAUGAAGCUCAAGGGUAUCGCUGCAGCAGCUCGCUCCAAAGGAGAACACAAGCAGAAAGUCUUCCUGACUGUUUCCUUUGGAGGGAUCAAGAUCUUUGAUGAGAAGUCAGGGGUCCUGCAACACCACCAUGCGGUCCACGAGAUCUCCUACAUCGCCAAGGACAUCACAGACCACAGAGCCUUUGGCUACGUCUGCGGAAAGGAAGGCCACCACCGCUUUGUGGCCAUCAAGACCGCACAAUCUGCUGAACCUGUGAUUCUGGACCUGCGGGACUUGUUCCAGCUCAUCUAUGAGAUAAAGCAGAGGGAGGAAAUGGAGAAGAAGGCCCAGAAGGACAAACAGUGUGAGCAGGCUGUCUACCAGACGAUUCUGGAGGAAGAUCUAGAGGACCCGGUCUACCAGUACAUUGUGUUUGAGGCCGGACACGAGCCCAUCCGCGACCAAUCAGAAGAGAGCAUUUAUCAGGUUCCCACCAGUCAACAGAAGGAAGGGGUCUAUGACGUCCCAAAGCGACACCCAAACGGACAUCCAAACACCCACCACCCCCACCAACAUCAUCAUCAACAUCAUCAUCUUCAUAGUCAUCCGCAACUCCCCCAACCGGGACUCAGUGAGCAUCAGGAGCAUCAUCAGAAUCAGCAUCAGCAGCAUGAGGCAGUGGCCGAUCUCAUAGACUUAGACCCGGAAAUGAUUUCUCAGAAUAUCAACCAAUUAGAGAUUUUUGGAGACAUGUCAACACCUCCUGACAUAACCUCUCCAUCGACCCCCGCCUCCCCUGCUAACACCCUUGAUCCGUCGCUAGGCCUACAGCCUCCCACGGAACUCUUUGCUCCCUUCAAUCCUGCGUCUGUGCCCUCAGGUUAUGUGACAAUGGGAGCGGUUCCCUCCGGACACUGGUCGCAGCAGGCUUUCGCCUCCCAGACGCCGCUGGCCUUCGGCGUCCAAUCCCCUCUAGGUCCGGUGGCCCAGGUGCUGCCAGGCGGCCAGCCGCUCAUCUGGGGCCAGGCCAACAUCUUCCCCGCCACCCAGCAGCAGUGGGCAGCCAUGGCAGCCGGAGCCUUCCCCCCAGCAGCCUACCUCCCUGCCCAACCCGUGGGCACUCUGCCCGCCGCCGUAUUCCAGGCUCUCACCCCAGUCACCGCCAUGACCCCGGCCGGCGAAACCCAUUCAGGUGCAGGCGCUUCGGCUCUAGCUCCCUCUGCGUCUUCAAGUCCGCAGCAUGGGGAGCAGGCGAAAAAGAUGGGCAAAGAGAUGUUCAAGGACUUUCAAUUGGCAAAGCCACCAGCGAUGCCGUCAAAGAAGGGCGAUCAGCCCAGCUUAACGGGGACCUCAGAGGCAUUCAGCACUUACUUCAGCCGCGUCGGCACUGCCCAGGACACGGACGACUGCGACGACUUUGACAUCUCGCAGAUGAACCUGACGCCGGUCACCUCCACGACGCCAUCCACCAACUCACCCCCCACCCCUGCUCCCCGCCAGAGCUCACCCACCAAAUCGUCAGCCUCGCACGUCAGCGACCCACCUACGGAUGCUACGGACCCCCCCACCGACGACUCGUUUGGGGAAGCUGAAGGCAGCCCGACCCGGAGCGCAGAGGAAGAUGCUGCUUGUGGUUCUGAGUCGCCCUGCCCCAGUGAGCCAACAAGGCCCAGCCCAGACCAGGCCAGUCCAGAGGCUGGGAGCUAGAUAGCAACAGGGCAGGAAGGUGAAGGACCCUCUCUACGCCCAGAUUAACAAAGGGAAGAAAUAAAGAGACACACACAGGAAGGCGGCCCGGACCAGCACUGAGAAGACUGGAGGAGAAGCUUCAUUUCUUUGUGUGACUGUGUGUGUGUGUGUGGGUGUGUGUGGGUGUGUGUGUGUGUGCGUGUGUGUGUGUUUGUGCCAUCUACUCCCAUCAAGAGCCAUCUCUUCCUCCCCCACCCC